UCUUGUGGGAGAGAGAUGGCGGGAGAGAGGAAUGGAGAAGUUUGGAGAGAAGAGGAGGGUAUGCGUGACCGGAGCGGGAGGGUUCGUAGCCUCAUGGCUGGUGAAGGCACUUCUCAACAACAAGGGCUUCAUUGUCCACGGAACCGUUAGAGAUCCAAGUGAUGAAAAGAAUGCUCAUUUGAAGAAGUUGGAGAAUGCACCUGAAAACUUGCAACUCUUUAAGGCAGAUUUGCUUGACUACAAUGCUGUAGGAUCAGCUAUUGCUGGAUGUGAAGGAGUAUUCCAUGUUGCUAGUCCUGUUCCUGCAAUCGAAGUGCCCAACCCAGAGGUAGAAGUAAUUGUUCCAGCUGUAACAGGCACUCUAAAUGUGCUCAAGGCAUGCUGUGAGGCAAAAGUUAAACGAGUGGUUGUGGUGUCAUCAGUUGCUGCUGUUACGAGGAUUCCAAAUUGGCCUAAGGACAAAGUGAAGGAUGAGAGUUGCUGGUCAGACAAGGAGUACUGCAGAACAACAGAGGUGAUUGACAUAAAACAUAUGUAUAAUGCUAUGUCAUCAAGAUCUUGAGGUCGCAUAAAACGCAAUUUUUUGCAAGACCAUUUAGAGAUAUCAGUAGCUUACUGUUGUAUGCUUGAAUCGCAUCGGUUAUCAUGAACAGAUCUCUUCAUUUUUGCUC